AUGGCUAGGCAAACGUUUGAGUUGAUUGACCAAGAUCCGGAGUUCACUAAAGUUGUGCGAUACUUCAGAUUGUCUGAUUACGCUGCUUGGGUUACAGGCACUCUAUUUUUACCAUUAGGCUUGUUUGGGCUAGAGAAGUACGAGCCAGCAUCAGGUGCUAAAAUUGGAAGACCUCCAGCAGUUCAUUUGAGAGCUGCUGGUGUACUAGGCUUUAUUGGUGGUUUUCUUAUUGCAUAUAAAAGAUCUGUGCUGCGAUUCAAAGGGCAAACUGAAAAUGGGAGGGAAGUGAAGAAAGACAGGUAUGAAAUAAAAAAGCUUCUGAGCCAAAAUCUGAAUCCAUAUGGUGCCUCAUCUCUUACACCUUAUCUACAAGAUGUCGCUUCCAGAAACUCUAAAGAUAGCCACAUGAUGCUCGGUCUUAUUCCUUGGUUCAAUUUCGUAAAUCAUCAGAAUCAUGGUAUUGACUUGAAGAAAUAUUAUGAGGUUAGAGAAGGUGAGGAAAAAUGGGGCAUAAGUCUUUCACCUCCGAAAGUUGGGGAAGUUAAUCCUAUUGAUCAAUGA